CACUUUUUAACUUGCACUUUUAUAUGUUAAAAAAAAAAUUGCUAACAUAUGUUUGGCAGUAACUACCAGAAGGAGCCCUGAUGGCACAGUGGUUAACGCACUUGGCUGCUAACCCAAAGGUCAGCAGUUCAAAUCCGACAGCUGCUCCUUGGAAACCCUAUGGGGCAGUUCUACUCAUCGUAUAGGGUCACUGAGUCAGAAUCAACUGGACGAGUUUGGUUUAAAUACCAGCAGAAGUCACCGGGUGGUGCAAAUGUUUAACACGCUCAGCUGCUAACUGAAAGGUUGGCAGUUUGAGUCUACCCAGAGGCGCCUUGGAAGAAACACCUGGUGAUCUACUUCUGAAAAAUCAACCACUGAAAACCCUAUGGAGCAUUUCUACUCUGACACACAUGGGGUUGCCAUGUGUCGGAAUCCAGUAUUUUGUGAAACCCCUUACCCAAUUUAAUUCUCACAAUAAUCUAGGAGUAGGUUUUGGGGUUUUUUUCUUAAAUUUUGUUGUUGCUGAGAAUAUAUACAGCAAAACAUACACCAAUUCAACAGUUUCUACAUGUGCAAUUUAGUGAUAUUGAUUACGUUCUUUGAGUUGUGCACUCAUUCUCCCCCUACUUUUCUGAGUUGUUCCUCCCUCAUUAACAUACACUCACUACCCCCUAAAGUUCCUGUCUAAUCUUUGGACCUGCUGUAGUCAAUCUGAUCCCACACAGAUAGUUCUUAAAAGAACAUAAUGCUCAAGGCAAACCUUUUUAAGCUAAGCUAUUGUUCGGUUUUAAAAUGACUUCAGGGGGUAUUUUUCGUUUAAGGUUAAAAAUUAUCUCGGGGAAAUACUGUCAGAGGUAGGUUCUAUUUUGAUCCCCAUUUUUUGGAUGACCAGUCGGAGACACAGAAAAGUUUAUUAACUUGCUCAAGAGUACACUGUUACCAAGGACCGCAAUCCAGAAUUGGACUAAUACUGGCGUGAAUUGGUCAGUCCAUUACGAUGCAAUGGUUUCCCAGAACUUUGUAGUAGUAGUUACUGAAAACUACUAAUAAAAAGAACAAGCUGCUCUCAGAAACAAAAUAUACUAACAAUAAGCAUCUUACUAUAGUGAUUACUAACUGCAAAGAUGAACAUGGCUUUAAAAACGAAAUACUAAAAAAUUUUGUGUUUUAAUGUCAACUAUUCUAUGCGUUAGUCAUAAUAGAGUUGUAAUUAAUUCCUUAUUGUGGCUAUUUUGUUUCUACAUCAGAAAUUUGUCUGGAAGUUAUAGUUCAACAAAUAGCUGCUGAAAUCACGAUGAUGGUAAUUGUAUCAAUGACAUAAUUUUGGAAGUAGAUAAUAAUGAGGUUAUGUUGAGGGAAGUCCCUGCUUUAAUAGAAUAGCGAAUGCUUUUAAAAUGUAGGGCAAGGCAGAAAGAAGGCAUAAUUAGAGAUUUAUUAUGUAUAAUGGGAAUGGGUGGGUUUUAGGAACAUUGUGAAGAUUAAAAAUUGGACUACUCAGAGUUAAUUCUGAAUUUUUAACCAGACAUUAUCAAAGUCAUUAGCAACAGUUUUGGCUCUGAUCGUAAGUUUUCUUUAUAAACAUCAUUAGUUUCUAGGCUAUUGUUCUAUGAAGUCUCCAUUUAUAGUAUUGCAAGGGGCGUAAAACAUUCAAACCCUCCCUAAUGCAGAGUUCCCUUUGGCAGCCUCCCUUAUGAGAGGUUGUAGAUUUUGCCAUGAACGUGUCUAGGUAUCAAGAGCUUGUUGUUGUUGUGUGCUGUCGAGUUGAUUCUGACUCAUAGUGACCUUAUAGGCAGAGUAGAACUGAUCCAUAGGGUUUCCUAGUAUAUAAUCUUUAUAGGUGCAGAUCGCCGGGUCUUUUUUUCCCGCAGAGCUGCUGGGUGGGUUCAAACUGUCGACCUUUAGUUUAGCAGCUGAGUGCUCAAUCACUGUGCCACCACGGCUCCUUGUCAAGAGCUUACCACCUCCCAAAUAAAUUGCCCCUCAUUUCAGAGUUGGAAAAAUCUGGGCAUGAAGAGGUGACUUGCACUCAGUGGUGAGCCUGGAGUUAGCCCUGAUGGAACAUGCUGUCCUGUUCAACCUGGGUCAUGCUCCAAGAAUCGCCUUUGCCCACUGAGCCAUCUAGCCUUCCCUUCUGAAGGUAUGCCAUCAGAAUACUAUGGGACCCUUCAACGCAACCUCACUGUGCAGGCCUGCAGUGUCCCUGGUUUACCGUUAGAGAUUCAUUCCUUUGGGAGGCAAGGCAGCGUAGCGAAAACAGCAUGCAUUUGGGCGCUUGGACUGAAGCCUGUAUCCCUACUUUGCUUCUUUCUUAUCAGCCUUGUGAUCUCAAGCAGGUUACACAGCCUUUCUGAGCCUCCUUGUCCUCGCUUAAGAUGAGCCCAUCCAUCCCUAUUUCGAGAGGUCAUGGCCAAGGUUAAUGAUGACUGAUGUGUGUGCAGCACUUGCAGUGUGCUAUUUUAAGUAUUAUAUAUGUGUUGUCUUAUUUAAUUCCAGAACAAUGCUCUGAGGUAGGAACCGGAGGCAGGCCCAGAGAAGUUAUGUGAGUUGUCCGAGGUCCAAAGCCAGUGCAUUGAUACUUCAGUAAAUGUGCACACUCAAGUAUGCUAGAUGCCUGUGAGCCCCUGGACCCCCUCCUGGCACUGGAACAGCAGGAAGAAAGAAGGUGCAGGCGUGGUGGGCGCUGAGGAGAAGCCCCUGCCCUCGGCCUGGGACUUGGCCUUCCUGCUCCCUGUCCACCAUGGAGACGCUCUCCCAGGAUUCUCUGCUGGAAUGCCAGAUCUGCUUCAAUUAUUACAGCCCACGGCGCAGGCCCAAGCUGCUGGACUGCAAGCACACCUGCUGCUCGGUGUGCCUCCAGCAGAUGAGGACCAGCCAGAAGGACGUGCGCUGCCCCUGGUGCCGUGGCAUUACCAAGCUGCCCCCUGGCUUCUCUGUGUCGCAGCUCCCCGAUGACCCCGAGGUCCUCGCCGUCAUCGCCAUCCCGCACACCUCGGAGCACACCCCGGUCUUCAUCAAACUCCCCAGCAAUGGGUGCUACAUGCUACCCCUGCCCAUCUCCAAGGAGCGCACACUGCUGCCGGGAGACAUGGGCUGCCGGCUGCUGCCUGGGAGCCAGCAGAAGUCGGUAGCCGUGGUGACCAUCCCCGCUGAGCAGCAGCCUCUGCAAGGCGGGACGCCCCUGGAGGCCACGGAGGAGGAGCAAGACAGGCGGGGCGUGGUGAAAAGCUCUACCUGGUCCGGGGUGUGCACUGUGAUCUUGGUGGCCUGCGUCUUGGUCUUCCUCCUCGGCAUAGUGCUCCACAACAUGUCAUGCAUUUCCAAGCGCUUCACUGUGAUAUCCUGUGGCUGAAGGGGGCUGCAGAGGAGCGUCUCUUGUGGGUGCCAACUUAGGGGGUGAGCAGGUGUUGGUGAUGGGAUCCGGGUGAGAAGAGGGGGCAACACUGACCUUUGGGUGCCAAGCACUGGCCUCUGGGUUGCCAUUGAUUAAGCCGAAGAUAGCCGUGAAGGGUGGAAUGGAAAGUCUUGACAAGAUGCCAGGCAAAUUGUUCUGAGUGUUGACGGCAACGGCUUUGAAGAUGAUUGCAUGUAUCCUCAUAAUCAUUUAGUAAAUGGACUGUAAUUUAUGAUUUUUCAAAAUCAUGCUACAAGAUAGACAUAUUCUAUUUAGGUGUCAAACUGUACUAAGUGCAUACAGUGUGAUCUUGUCUAAAUGCGGUAGAUUGAAACAAAGACGCUAUGUACACAAGUAGAAUUAAACAUGAGAAUCCAUGUAAAAUUCAGUGGAGAUAAUGCCAUGCUGUUUUUUUUCCUUUUUUCUUUUUGGGAAACACUGCCUUCCUUUAGCGCCUAAGGCUUUUUAUACAUUUUGAAUUGCACCAAAUUAAAAUAAGUUCCAUGAACAGUUUUUGGCGGGGGGGGGGGGGAGCGGGAGAAAACAUUUGAACAAGUGUAUCCAGUGUGUUGUGUUUUGUCAUGUACCUUCAUUUUUCUUCACUUGUAAUUAGAGCUCGCUACGUGUUUAUUAAACUGAAAGCCCAACAGGGGAGCAAUAAACUGAGUAAUAAUGAGAAAUACCUAAUCCCAUAGGAAACCUGUAUGCCAAUUUUUCUCAAGCCAUCUCACAAAAUAAGAAUUUAAAAUGUAAAUAUUGUGUGUUUGUGUGUGUGUGAUUUGAUUUACCUCAGGUCUUUAAGUCUCUUCGGAAAGAAUCCUGGGAGUAAAACGUCGUGGGCGUGAGUCAAGUGUCGGAAAUGGUGACUGUAUGUGGGCACCUGGACCCUCCCAGUGAAGUGCCAAGUAUAUCUCCUUCAACAUUCCCUCUUCUGUGUAUUUAAGUCCUGAAUUGAAAAAGGGUAAAAGUGGUGAACAACAAGAGUCUGUCUUUCCUCCCAGUUUUUGGGUAUUAUAAUAACUAUGAGUACCAUUAAUCAGUGGCAAAUGUGGGCAUGCAAUUUAGUAGACAGGCCAUGAUUAUUUCUGGAAAGAUGUUCCAUGGGAGCUAAACCACUUAGUAGAAUUCCAGUUUCUUCUUGUUGGUAUAAGCAAGAAAAUGUCUUGUACUUCAGAAUAUGUUUGUUUUUUUUUUUUGAGAAAAGUAGUAAACUAACAACUGAUAUUCCCAUUUCAAAUGGACCUGUUCAUCCUAAGUUCUCACAUAUUCCUAAACCUAAUGGUCUAUAGAUGCUAGUGAGGAAAGAUCCACUUGUGUUAAAUGAGAAAUUCCUGUCACUGGGCAUGUGUGCAUCCAGAAAUAGCCGUGAUCUUUACAGUUCUUUUCUAAUUUCUUUUAUGAAAAUCAUGAAGCAAGUGGUGUGUGACAAGGACGCCACUCAAAAAUUCUUCUGUCUUUAUGUUCCAUUGAAUCCAUGGAAAUGGGCAGGAGGAUAAGCAGUGCUUGGUUCCAAAACGCAGGGCUGGAAAAUAGCACUUUAAAAUUGAGACGUAAUUUCAUUUACUUAUACGCUAUCGUCUUCAAGCAGCACAAAAUAGGCACAUGAAAGUAAUGGGUUUUGUAUCAAAAAAUAUAAAGAAUAGAAUACAAAGCUAAGACUAGUUAAUUGACAUGAAGAUUCGAUAUGAAAAUAUGAUUUUUCAAAUCUUUCAAAUUUGUCAUUAAGACCUUUAGAAAAUUUAUUUGAAAGCUCAAACUAGAAAUUAGAUUGAAAUGCCAUUUUAUUGUGUAAGCUACUGGACAUUAUUCAACAAAUAAUUUAGGAUUUAUUUGGUAUUAAUAAUUUAGGUAUCAGAUUAGCUGAAUAAUAUCCUCUCUUAUGUAAUGUAAUAUACGGCUGGGUUAGUGUCAAUUUCUCAAAAGCUUUCCCAGGCUGCUGUAAUGCAUGUCUGACCUAAUUUUUAUUCCUCUUGGGGGAAAAAAAUACAAAAAACAAACAAACAAAAAUACUCCACAGAAAUGCUGCUUUAUGAAGGCUACAUUUCACAUGGACUUUAACCUGGCAAUUUUAAGCCAUGGCAUAUUCAAGUUAAUUUUCUGAGUGAUAUCUACAUACAUUAACAUACAGUGUGAAAUGACUGAACCGUAGCAUAGUGUGUGGUAGAAGUUAAGUAGGUUAUAUAUAGACACUCGCGGGAGAAACGAUGCAGCACACUGUGUCUCCCCACCCAAGGCCCUAGAGUAAAACUGCUCUGUGACUUUUACUUAAAAACAAUCCCCUCCUAGAUCUGCAAUUAAACAGUGUAAAGUUAAUCAGCUCUGUGAUAGAUGCCUGACCUUACAACUUAACACAGUAGCAACCCAAAUCGGGAUUUUUUGUAUGAGUGUUAUUGAUGUAAGACACGGUGUUUAACUGGAUUCUGCCUAGAGUUACUUGAGCACCUGUUUGUGAGGAUGUGCUUUCGUGUGUGUGUGUGUGUGUGUGUGUGUGUGUGUGUGUGUAGGGUUAGGGAUCAGUCUGCCAAGUAGAAUUUUUAUAGGCUGAAUGAUGUGAUUUGUCAUGCCAUUACUCUGGCCCCUUCUGGCAUUUACCCAUGAUGCUAACAACUCAUCUACCCCAAGUGACAAGAGUCCAGUAAUGUACUCGGCAGAAUUCACAAUUGCACAUCAUUUAAAAACCACAACUGAAAGGACUAAAAGCACAGAAAGUUAGAGCUGAAAGCAACCUUUGGUAGCUCCAUUUUGUAGAUGAGUUCACUGAGGCUCACCAAGGUUCGCAGCAGCUUGUAAUUCUGCAGCAAUUGGGGGUCGGCAACUUCCCCUUACUGUCUCACUUUCCCUUCCCUUCUCCAGCCUGUCCACAUCGCUAGAACCCUUUUCAGGAUUGAUAAAUAUCCUAUACUAACUUGGCUAUUGCUUUAGGAGUUUUGUUUUUUUGGGGGGGAGGGGUAGAUUUAUAGAUUCAUUUUAGUUAGCAUCUACCUCUGGGAAACAGAAGGAGAACUGAUUUAGGGAUGGGUAUAGACAUUUCGACUAGAGGGCACUGGAUGUUGGGUGGGUAUAGACAUUUAAAGAAAACUGUCAAACCAUGCGAUUUGGACUGUGAAAGUUACAAAACAUUGAUUUUUUUCCUCCCCUUAUAUGGACAAUGAGUGUUGUGUAAAUAGUAAACUAUAAGAAGCAUGAAUUUUCGUCUUUAUUAAUGAUUUUGACAUUAGCAAGAGGAUGCUUAACACGUCAGGUGGAGCCAAGUACUCUACCAAAAAACAUUGUCUUUGGAAAUUUUUUGUAUAAUGAUCUGGGGCAUAAAUUGUGAUGAAAAGGCAAAUUGGUUCUCAGUUCUGGUCAUACUUUAUGAUCAGUAAGCUAUUAGGUAUUUUCUUUCAAAAUAUAACUAAACUUAAUCUUGUGCAUGAUUUAAAGAGUGGGCCCCUGGAAGGUUAUUAAGUCUAGAUCAGUGCUGUUCAGUAGAACUUUCUGUGAUGAUUGAAAUGUUGCAUAAUCUGUGCUGUCCAGUACUAUAGCCACUGGCCACAAUGGCUAUUGGACAAUUGAAAUGGAGUGAAUGCAACUGAGGAACUGAAUUUUUAAUUUUAGCUAAUUUAAAUAUCCACAUGUGGCUAGUGGCUGCCAUAUUGGACUCCAAAGUUCUAGAUGGUUGUGCACUGGAAUAUAGCAUUAAGGUGUGAAUGGAGUAACAAAGUGAAGGCAAAGAAGAGAGUUUGUAGUCUAGUAACAUGCAGUAUUUCUGGACUAGCGUAUGUGACCUCAAGUAUGACAGUAAAGUUCAUUAUUGCCCUUUGGGGUUAUUACCUAGAUACUUUGGACCAAGAGAUGAUCAGUGAAGCUUAAAGAGUGCUUUAUUAAGCCCCUUUUCUGGGGUUGUUAGCUGCAUGUGGAUCUAUUGUCCAAAAAUAGUAGUUAGACAGUAGUUGUAAAAUGUUUGACUUGCAAGAUAUGCAUGACCUGUGCUGUGAAACUGUGUUUAGGGUCUUGUGGCCAAAAAGUAAGUGUUACAGAAAAAAACGUUUUAAAAAGCCUAAUGAAAUCUUUUGCACUUCCAACUUCAUCUUACCCAGAUUUCAUCACUGCGUUAGUCAGAUGUGAAAUAUAAGAGCAAGCAUGUUUUGCAGUGUUCAUAGAUAGUGUUUUUGUUUGCUCUUGAAUUUUGCCAGCUUGUCUUUGUAUUUGGUGUGGGCAUCAUUUUUCAGAUGCCAGAUUAAAAAGUAGGUACUAUUUUUAGAGUGAGAUUUGACAUUAUUCUAGUCUUGUUUUUUAUUGUAGCGAUUACUGAAAGAAUUGAAGAGUUGAAGCCUUGCACAAAGGCAUUUUUUUUAACAGUAACAGGCAUUGUCAAUGAAAUUAAAAAACUCGAGGGUUAUUAAAACUACUAGGAUUUCUUUCUAAGUUAGCUUGAGAUAUAUUUUCAUAUAUAGAUCAGGCUCUUCGUGAUAAUCCAGUAUUUAUUCCAGUCUAGAUUUUGGUUUGAAAGAAAGAGUUCCUAUACUUUUAUUUGAAAAUCUAUGUCAUAUAAAAAUUGAUUACACUGCUUUUCACUUUUUUCCAAGUGUAAUGUAGACCAAAUGCAUUUGCUUCAAUUUAGUGGAAUUGGGUUGAUUUUUUUUUUUCUUUCUAAAAUUCGUCAAUGGGCAAGACCAUUUUUCUUAGCUUGUCUUUAAAAAUUAUUUUUAAAUUUUUGCAAAAAUGGUAGUUCUCCUUUAGGUUUAAGAGGAGGCUGGGAUGCCCAAUGUUAGUCUGUUUAGGAUGCCCAAGGGUUGUUGGUAUGAGAGGAGUGAUAAGCAAAAGAUUUUGGUUUCUAUCUUUCCUUAGAAGAAUGAUGCUACCAAGCAGACAGUAUUAGGUUUCCACGCCUGAAAGGUCAACAGCUAGUUGAUUUGUCAUCACUGACCUAGAUGGAGAAGCUAUUCCUUGAUAUUUUCAUCAUUCUCUGUAAAGCAUCACCAACACAACCUUUAGCAAAACAGCAACUCCAGAGAGUAAUGAGGUAGUCAAGGUGAUUCAGUAACUGUUUUGAAAGUAGUAGUCUAUUUCAAAUGCAAUGAUGAUCUGUUGCUGAAUUUUGUUCAACCUGAAACACUUCUAAAAGACAAGUGGAAGUUCAUGCCACUGAUUUUUCUGACAAUUGAUUCACAAUAUAUAUCUGCACAUGACUUAGCUGUAACUGUCAUUAAAAAUCAAGUAACGUUAGUCACGUUUCCCAUUUGUGGACUAUACAAUGUUGAAUUUAUAUGUUAGUUUCUUAACAAACCUACGGUCUUUGGGAGUGUCUAAACUCUUGAGACCUUUCAAAUAUAUGAAGAUGUGUGUUCUACUGUAUACAUUUUAUUGGAAAGCCAUUGAUCAUUGGAGAAUGUAAGCAGGUGGGUCAUUUAAUUUCUGUCUUCAAAUGGCUUUUCUUUUUUUUUGGCUCUGCUCAACUGGUUGGGGUAGAGGACCAUUAUUUCUGAAGUGUGGCUCCAACGUUUUGCACAAGUUUCCUCUGUCAGGUUAAUGAUUUGUUUUCAGGAUUCACUGCCAGGGGUAUCCCACUAUGUAUAUCUCCCUUAUGAUGUAGUGGUGCUUGAAAACACUCAUCUUGUUAGCUGGACUUUAUUAUUCUAAUCUAAGGUUUUUUAUACUAUUCAUAUUAUGAUGCUUUUAGUGACAAUCAGUAUUAUUUGGGGCAAAGUCCUGAGGGCCCUCCUGAAGUCUGCACCAGCAUGUGUUUUCUUUGUGUUUGAGGGACUGUCCCCUUACAGCUGUCUCUCCUUCUAGAACAUGCUUUAAGUCCAUCACUAUGGAAUUUAAGGCUAAGAGCCCAUGUCAAAGUCUUCUGUAAGGGUGUGAGGUAUUGGGUUAUUCUAACGAGAGUUUCCUAAAGUGACACCCAAUUUUUAAUUUGGCCUUUGUUCUUUGAGAAUCCAGAAAUAGACAUUGGGUAUGAUGGUGGUGAAGGAGCAUUGGCUGUAAGAAGAAAACAGGUGAGUCCAAUGUCCCUUAAAGGGGAACAAGUUGGUAUUUAUGUGGUCGCAUCUGAAGUAGCCACAGAACACAGUAGCUGGUGUCUUACAGUGUGCUUCAGGAAAUUCCUGGUAGGGUUUUCCUGGCUGAGAAACAACCCAACUACCGAGUAGAUCCUCUGUGGGAGAGGUGGAGACAUGGACUGGGGCAUCUAUCAAUGGAUGGGAAGAUAAUGCUCUGACAGUGAGAAAGGAAAGAAAACCUGUUAUGGGAUUAUAGUUACAAAACAAAAUGAAGGUCACUCAUGUCAGAAAUCCGUGGAAGAAGGAAGCACAGGAAAAUUAGAAAUAACUUAGUCAAGCACAAUCGGCCAUUCUAGUAUGGACCUCCAAAUUCUUAACUUUGGGAUAUUUAAGUGGAAAGCAUAACAGGGAAUGUGCUCAGCUGAUGAGGGGAUCCAAGGAGGCCCCGUUUUUCCUAUCUUUUCCUCUAAGCUUUGCUUAGGUUGUCAGCACACUAGAUAAUUCUAGAGCCGGUUCUAGAGUCAAUUGCUGAGAUCAGUACAGACAAGCUUUUCUAGCAUCUUCUUAACUGUGGAAUGCAAUACCUGCUCCUGUGGAUCUAUCCUGACUUGAGGAUACUAAUCCUGUUGAGAAAACCCUAGAAAUAUUUCGGUUUAUAUUCUGGUUGUUGUUAUUCAUUAUGUUUUUUAUUCCGCCACUUCUGCAUGUUUGCCUCGCUGGACGGUUGUGGGUAUGGCCACUGGUUUCAGCUUGGGGAGGUUAUAAACUCCUAACAUAAGCCAUGCAGCUCCCAUGCAGGGUUCCUUCCAUUCUUACAGCCCCACUGGUGGGUUCCCUGGCCCUGAUGAUAACAAAUACUCCAGUCAAAUGGCUAGAUUAAUGCUGCUCAGAGGCUGUCAACUCGAGACCUUGACAUGUUUCAUUUAUAAUUAUGUGGAUUAUUUAUUUUAGGAGCUUUUCUUUUAAAGGGCCAAGUAGCCCUACAGAUAAAUGAGCUGCUGGGCUGUGUAGAAAAUAUUGUCCAAAUGUUGCCAAAUAUUGACUUCGUAAAGGGGCUAUCAAGCUGCUGUUUAUAAAUCUGAAUGUCUUAAAAGCAUUCUUGCUUGCUCUCUUAUAGAUGGUGUCUUAGUGAGUCCUGAGUUUUUCCAGUGAACCCAAUUUUAAUAUAUGGUAUUUUUGUAUGCCAAACUGGUGUCUUGUCCUUUGUACAUGUGGUAAUGUUGAUUUUAUGACUACUGUUAAAACACAUUUGCUAUAAUUAAAAUUCAUAAAACGAUUUCAAAUGGACUCACGUGUUGGGUUUUUUUCCCCCCUCCACCUCAAGAAGGAAAAAAAAAGUUGGCUGGAAUUUUCAUCAUCAGUUACACUAAGGAUUUUAAUCGACUUGGGUAAUAAAGCAACAAUAAGCUCUUGAGCCAAGGAUUUGAAGUGAUGACUUUCAAGUGGCUCCUCCGAGAAGCCCAAGAAUGUGUUUUUAAUCAGUAAGCCCAAAGAUGCUUUUGCAACUCAGUUUUGUGUGGUUUCUGGUGACCCUACCUUCAUCCUCCACUGUUCAGAGUGGCAGUGACAUUGCAUCAGAACCCAGGUGUACGAAGUAUAGAUCAGCUUCCCACCAGCCCCCAAGCAGCGGGAGGCUGAGUGCCCUGGCCUCCCUGGCUCUGAGUCAGAAAGAGGAUCCUGUAAUAGAUGCGCUCACCAAUAGGGCAGAGGGCAUUUUCGAAAGCCUUUUUUGAUAACACUGUCCUGUCUUUCAGUAAUUCUUGAUCACAUCACCAAGCUUCAAUUUUCGUUUGGCAGGUGGCCU